AUGCGCAUCGCCACGCUGACCUGCCUUUCCGGCCCUUCCCCCUUCCUCUUUCUAUUGGCCCAGCUGCUACUGCGGCUCCUCCUCCCUGGGCCGGAGUUGGUGGGAGCCGCCUCCUCCUCCUGCCCCUCCCUCUGCACCUGCUCCAACCAGGCCAGCCGAGUCAUCUGCACCAGGCAAAACCUGGAGGAGGUGCCCGAAAGCAUAUCAGUCAACACACGAUACCUCAACCUGCAGGAGAACUCAAUACAGGUUAUUAAGUCCGACACUUUCAAGCAUUUGAGGCACCUCGAGAUCCUCCAACUCUCCAAGAAUCAGAUACGACAGAUUGAAGUCGGAGCAUUCAAUGGCCUCCCCAACCUCAACACACUGGAGCUCUUCGACAACCGCCUCACACUGGUGCCAUCACAUGCCUUUGAGUACCUCAGCAAGCUGCGGGAGCUGUGGCUGCGUAACAACCCCAUUGAGACUCUGCCAGGCUAUGCCUUCCACCGUGUGCCCUCGCUACGUCGCCUGGACCUGGGUGAGCUCAAGAAGUUGGAUUUCAUCUCUGACGCAGCCUUCGUGGGCCUCAUCAAUCUACGGUACCUGAACCUGGGCAUGUGUGGACUGAAGGACAUUCCGAAACUGACAGCCCUUGUGCGUUUGGAGGAGCUGGAGCUCUCAGGAAACCGGCUGGAGAUCAUCCGGCCUGGUUCCUUCCAGGGCUUAGUGUCUCUCCGCAAGCUGUGGCUAAUGCACUCACAGGUGUCCGUCAUUGAGCGCAAUGCCUUUGAUGACCUGAAAAACCUGGAAGAGCUCAACCUGUCCCAUAACUCACUGCACUCCUUGCCACAUGACCUCUUCACACCCCUUCACCAGCUGGAGAGGGUACACCUCAACCAUAACCCCUGGGUCUGCAACUGUGAUGUGCUUUGGCUUAGUUGGUGGUUGAAAGAGACAGUGCCCAGCAACACCACCUGCUGUGCCCGCUGCCAUGCUCCCCCAUUCUUAAAGGGCAAGUACAUUGGAGAGCUCGACCAGAGCCACUUCACCUGCUACGCGCCUGUCAUUGUGGAGCCCCCAACAGACCUCAAUGUCACUGAAGGUAUGGCUGCUGAGCUGAAGUGUCGCACAAGCACGUCCACAACAUCUGUCAACUGGAUCACCCCUAACGGCACUCUAAUGACCCAUGGCUCUUACCGCGUGCGGAUAUCCGUCCUGCAUGAUGGCACACUCAACUUCACGAAUGUCACCCUGCGAGACACAGGCCAGUACACCUGCAUGGUCACCAAUGCUGCUGGCAAUACCACGGCAACCGCUGUCCUCAAUGUCACUGCUGCUGAUGCCAGUGUCAACUACACCUACUUCACAACAGUAACUGUGGAAACAGUGGAGACUCCGGGAGAGGAAGAUUCUGCAUUGGUUGCCAUUAAUGAGACCUUCAUCCGUGUUCACCCUGGCCCCACUCCCUCGGGCCACUUGUGGCCGGAAGGUGUUCCUACCACUGCCUCCUCUCUGUCAGCCGGCUGGUCCUCCUCCUCUCCUCGGGCCACCCGACCCACCUUCACUGUGCCCAUCACUGAGCCAGGCUUCUCAGGCAUAGACGAUGUGAUGAAGACCACCAAGAUCAUCAUUGGCUGCUUCGUAGCCAUUACCUUCAUGGCAGCGGUGAUGCUGGUGGUGUUCUACAAGCUGAGGAAGCAGCACCAGCUGCAUAAACACCACGGCCCCGCUCGUGCCAUCGAGAUCAUCAAUGUGGAGGAUGAGCUGGGGGCCGGGGCCAGUGGUCGAGGCAGCGGCAUCUCAGGAGGCUCCACCGUGACGCAGAGCGGAAGCAGUGGAAUAGGAGGGGGCCAGAGCCUCAGGCUGCACCACCCAGAGAUGGUCACCCUACCAAACCUGGCCCGAUCAGAGCACCUCAACCACUACUACAAAACCCAUCACUUCAAGAACAACAUGAUGGGCCUAGGAAUGGGCACAGUUUCUGGUGUGGGCCUUAACAACAACAACAACCCCUCGCCUUGCUCUCAGUCUCAGAACACAUCCAUAUCCUGUUCCCAGGUUCCAACUUCCAACAGUGGGGGGACACCCACAGGUGGCACCUUGCCCUCCCCUGUGCCCCUGCCCCUGCCCCAGUUGGGUCUCCACAGUUCUCUGAAAGGUCUAAUGGGGAAAGGCCAGAAUGAGCCACUGCUCUUCAAGAGCGGCUCCAAAGAAAAUGUGCAAGAGACUCAAAUCUGAGUAAAAGUGAGAGUGGAAGUAAGAGGUAGUGAUACAGAAAGCUCCUGUGAGUAUAUGAGACUGAUUGUAGCCUAGUGUCCUCAUGGACAGAUUCCAGAAAAGAUGAUAUUUCACAUAGUCUCUGCUUUGUGUUGUCAAUUUGUUGACAGAGAGAAGCAGAUAGGAAGACUGAAGGAGACAGAGUAUCGCAUCUGAUCAGCAGUAGUCCCACAAUAGCAUCUGCACAUUCUUUUUCAGCUUAAUCAGACACAAACAUAUAUGAUGUAAACCAUGAACAUCAGAAUCCUUCAGUUACCUGUGCGACCUGCUAUAGUCUUUUUGCCAAAGUCCAAGAUCAAGCCAACUCUUUCCAUUUGCAUCCACAAUCUCAGUGGAAGGCUACAACUGACACACACGUGCAGUUAACUUCUCCAGGUUUUAUACAGAUUGCUCCGUAUAUUUCCAGACACAUUCAGUGUAUAUAUUCGCCGGGAGACGUGAUAUCGGCCAUUGAACAUGUUGUCAGUUAAGUGUUUGGCAGACACACUGAAUAACAAACAAUGGUUUGGGUGAGCGGUAUGCUCCCAGGUUUCCAGGAAGCACUAAAACAAGACAGAGAAAGCAAAAUUGGAGCAGUGCAACGAUUCUGUCCAGGACACAUGUAUCAGACUAGUACUUUGCAGGGAGACAGAACAACAACAAAUGUUUUUUCAGAGUGGUUUCACUCUCACUUUCUCACUUUUUUCCCUUUCACACCUUCCUGGCUACUGUCUUCUUUUGAAGGAGGAAAGAAACGGAGUGGGUUAUCAUGGGAGAAGAAAAAUCCCAUGCCAUGAGGACAAUGACAGAUAAAAGAGAUAAAAAGGACCGAAAGUACAUAUUAUAUAUACCGUAAAUAUAUUUUCAUUCAAAGAAAUAAAUUAUAAAGAAUCUUUAUCAAGCUUCUGACUGAAAACUACAACAUCUGAAGAAUAUAUUAAGAAAAAAACACACACACAGCUGUUGUAGUGGCCCUCCCUUACGACUUUUCUCAACGUGGAACAAGGCGGCCGCUCCGACUGUGCUGCGUAAGGACACACACGUGGGACAGAGGCAUCCGUCGAGAAGGAUCUAAAACAAAAACCUGGCAAAGCGAAUUUGGGUGAAUUUAUUUUGGUCUCGACUUUUUUUGUAGCCACACAAAGUGUUUUCCCCUCUCCUGUCGCAUUCACAUAAACAGGGUCAUUGGAGAAGGGGGAUCUUUACGCUCUACUGCGAAAAUAUGAAAUACGACUACAGUGCUUCAUCAUUUGGUAUCCAGCUCAGCUUCAGUAUUAAUAAUAAUGAUCAUAAUGGUAAUAAUGAUAACACGCUUCAGCUUUAUUCGUUAUUAUGGUCAUUUAAUGAUUAACACAUUUAAUGAACA